CCACACUCCGCCCCGGCCGCCAUUGCCUCGUGCCCGCGCCGGUCGGUUGGUGGCGCCUUUGUCCUACGGCGGGCUGGUGGGCUGAGGCCGAGCAGCAGCGGCGGGCCUGAGGCGCAGGAGCGGCGGGGAGCCCGCCGCGCUGGUAGCGAUAUUAAUAAGGCAGCGGAAAGAAGAAAUAUGAAUACGGCUCCAUCAAGACCCAGCCCCACACGAAGGGAUCCAUAUGGCUUUGGAGACAGCCGAGAUACAAGGCGUGAUCGCUCUCCAAUUCGAGGAAGUCCAAGGAGAGAACCCAGAGAUGGUAGAAAUGGCCGGGAUGCCCGUGAUAGCCGAGACAUUCGAGACCCUCGAGAGUUGCGGGACCACAGAGACAGCAGGGAUAUUCGGGAUCACAGAGACAGCAGAAAUAUACGUGAUGCUCGGGACCUGAGGGAUUUUAGGGACUUCCGUGAUCUGAGAGACUCUAGAGAUUUUCGAGAUCACCGAGAUCCUUUGUACGACAGAUACAGAGACAUAAGAGACUCCCGUGAUCCUCUGUACAGGAGAGAAGGUUCUUAUGACCGGUAUCUGAGGAUGGAUGAUUAUUGCAGGAGAAAGGAUGACUCUUACUUUGACCGGUACAGAGACAGCUUUGAUGGACGAGGCCCUCCUGGCCCAGAAAGUCAGUCUCGUGCAAAAGAGCGUUUGAAACGUGAGGAACGACGUAGAGAAGAACUUUAUCGGCAGUAUUUUGAGGACAUCCAGCGGCGCUUUGAUGCUGAGAGACCCGUGGAUUGCUCUGUUAUUGUGGUCAACAAGCAGACUAAGGAUUACGCUGAGUCUGUGGGGCGGAAGGUACGAGACCUAGGCAUGGUUGUGGAUUUGAUCUUCCUUAACACAGAGGUGUCACUCUCACAAGCUUUGGAGGAUGUUAGCAGGGGAGGGUCUCCUUUUGCUAUUGUCAUCACCCAGCAGCACCAGAUCCACCGUUCCUGUACAGUCAACAUCAUGUUUGGAACUCCACAAGAGCAUCGCAACAUGCCCCAGGCAGAUGCCAUGGUGCUGGUGGCCAGAAAUUAUGAGCGCUACAAGAAUGACUGUCGGGAGAAGGAACGCGAGGAGAUUGCCCGACAGGCAGCCAAGAUGGCUGAUGAAGCCAUUCUGCAGGAAAGAGAGCGUGGAGGCCCUGAGGAGGGCGGGCGUGGGGGCCACCCUCCAGCCAUCCAGAGCCUCAUCAACCUUCUGGCAGACAACAGAUACCUCACUGCCGAAGAGACAGACAAGAUCAUCAACUACCUGCGGGAACGGAAGGAGCGGCUUAUGAGGAGCAGCACCGACUCUCUGCCUGGCCCGAUUUCCCGCCAACCACUCGGGGCGGCCUCGGGUGCCUCGCUGAAGACACAACCAAGCUCCCAACCGCUCCAGAGCGGCCAAGUGCUCCCCUCUGCUACACCCACUCCAGCCGCACCCCCCACCUCCCAGCAAGAGCUUCAGGCCAAAAUCCUCAGCCUCUUCAAUAGUGGCACGGUUGCGGCCAAUAGCAGCUCUACAUCCCCCUCAGUUGCUGCCGGAAGCGCCCAGAACCAGAAUUUUUCCACAGCAGCAAACAGCCAGCCUCAGCAAAGAUCACAGGCCUCUGGCAAUCAGCCUCCAAACAUUUUGGGACAGGCAGGAUCUGCUCGGAACAUGGGUCCCAGGCCUGGGGCUCCUUCCCAAGGGCUCUUUGGUCAGCCUUCCAAUCGCUUGGCACCUGCCAGCAACAUGGCUAGCCAGAGGCCUGUGUCUUCCACAGGCAUUAACUUUGACAGUCCAAGUGUACAAAAGGCUCUGGACACCCUAAUCCAGAGUGGCCCUGCUCUUUCCCACCUGGUUAGCCAAACUGCAGCACAGGUGGGGCGGCCCCAGGCUCCCAUGGGAACCUACCAGAGGCAUUACUGAGGCUAAAUCGUUCUGCUGUUCCUAGUCCCUUCUUCCUGUCCUCCCACUUCAUUCUAAGUAGAGAUGUUUGGAGGGUGUUCUUUGCACUCUCCAAGUUGACAUCAAAUGUCCUAAAUUUCUACCACCUCUCCUUCCCAAGGCUGUGUUGCGUUUUACUUAACAGAAUCAGAAUUUAUACUGCAUUUGGGGCUGCAUCUGUUUUUGUUUUGGGUAGAAAGUAUCUCUGGGGUUGCUUGAUCAAUGCAGGGGUCUAAGUUUGUUUUCUGUCUGAUGGGGUUUCUCUGGUCCCUGUCUGCCAAUUUGUGGAGAGGAAAGGAAGAAACCACACCGUAGCCACUUGAAUUUGGAAUGCCAUUUGUCAAGUCAGUAGUCACAACUUUUGUUUCUUCCGAACCUACUAAGGUUUUCCCACCUCAACACAGCCAGAGCUGAGCUCCUGCUGGCUCAUAGAGAAGCAGAUUGGCCUUGGCAGACAGUGUUGUCACUGUCCUAUCAGAGUACGGAGCUCUGUUCAAGGACUCAAUCAGCUGCCCUGGACUGGUGAAGAAUGGGUGGCAGCCAUAGAAGGCAGAACCCCCUCUGUGGGGAGUUGGUUUCUUUGGUGGUUUUCCAUUUUAUCAGAGGAUCUCCAGAGGACUGGGCAAUUCCACUCAGCAACUGGAUACAAACUGUGAAUCUGGGCCUCACUGCUCUCCAUAGCAUUUCCAUCAGUACCGCUCUCCCAGCAGCGCCUCACACAGCCGGCUCUGAGAAGACAACUCUAGACUGGCAUUGAACACCCAUCUUUUCAGUGAUUUAUUUUGAGCUUUUAGCUCAAAAACCCCAGCUUUUGUUUUCAUCUAGACUCUUGUUCUGUUUUCUGAUCAGCAGGAGGUAGGGACCAUUUGAUGUCAGACUCUUGGUAGCUGGAUGCGUUGUCGAUACAGACAACAUUCAUAAAUUUUGAGCCAGAGUAAGACUGUGAGAGGGAGGGCUCUGGCUGCUGCCCUGAAUGGAGCCAAAGGAAGCGCCUUCUCCCUCAGGACAGACUGCUCAUUAGAACCCUGUGGAUCAAGUCUAGGGAAGGGGGCCCUGGCAGGGCAGAGAGUGGUGACUUCAGUUGAGUCCCUGCCAGGGGCUGAGAAGACAAGUUUCAAAACUUAAGGUCCCCAAAUGGCAACAGUUUCUGUUCUGAUCUGUUUGUGUUAUAUAGUGUUUUUCCCCCCCUCUUUGGAACUCGUGUUGUUGAUAAAAUGAAACAGUUACUUUUUAAUUAAAAUGACAAAGUCA